GAUUUUGAUAGUCGCGGAAAGAAGGAACCAGGAAAAGAGCCUGGUCCGAGACUGAGGAGAAAGGGACCUCGGCUUUGGGGCUGAGGUCGCGUGGGCCAGCGAGCCCGGGCCACUCUCCGUGGGUUGUCCCCCCCCCCUCCAGGCCCCUGCGCUGAGCCGCCCGAGUCACUCAGGGCUCCGGGCAGGGCAGCAGCGGUGGCGGGCUGGCGCUCGGAAGGAGUGCGAGGCGCUGGCGGGGGAAGAUGCUGCAGUCUCUAGCGGGCAGCUCGUGCGUGGAGAGGCACCGCUCCGCCUGGUGCUUCGGCUUGCUGGUGCUGGGCUACCUGCUGUACUUGAUCUUCGGCGCCGUGGUCUUCUCGUCGGUCGAGCUGCCCUACGAAGACCUCCUGCGCCAGGAGCUGCGCAAACUGAAGCAGCGCUUCGUGGAGGAGCACCAGUGCCUCUCGGAGCAGCAGCUCGAGAGCUUUUUGGCGCGCGUCCUGCAGGCCAGCAACUACGGCGUCUCGGUGCUGAGCAACGCUUCGGACAGCUGGAACUGGGACUUCACCUCGGCGCUUUUCUUCGCCAGCACGGUGCUCUCCACCACAGGUUAUGGCCACACUGUGCCUUUGUCAGAUGGAGGAAAGGCCUUCUGCAUCAUCUAUUCAGUUAUUGGGAUCCCCUUUACCCUGCUCUUCCUGACAGCAGUGGUCCAGCGCAUCAUUGUUUAUGUCACCAGGCGGCCUGUACUGUACUUCCACAUCCACUGGGGCUUUUCGAAGCAAAUUGUGGCCAUCAUCCACGCAGUGGUUUUGGGCUUUGUGACCGUCUCAUGCUUUUUCUUUAUCCCAGCAAUAAUAUUUUCUGUCCUGGAAGAUGAUUGGAACUUUCUGGAAUCGUUUUAUUUUUGCUUCAUUUCUCUUAGCACCAUCGGCCUUGGCGACUACGUUCCAGGAGAAGGUUAUAACCAAAAAUUCAGAGAGCUAUAUAAAAUAGGAAUUACGUGUUACCUGUUGCUGGGCCUCAUCGCAAUGCUGGUUGUUCUAGAGACUUUCUGUGAACUUCACGAACUCAAAAAAUUUAGGAAAAUAUUCUACGUGAAGAAAAACAAGGAAGAAGACCAAAUGCACAUUACAGAACAUGACCAACUAUCCUUCUCUUCAAUUUCAGACCAGGCAGCAUCCAUGAAGGAAGACCAGAAAGUAGAUGAGCCUUUUGUGACUCCUCAACCUGCAGUUAACUGUGACAGCUUGAUAAACAAUUAACCAGGGGCUUCCAUUCCAGUAUCAACAACAGUGCACUUAACAUACUUGCAGUUAGAAGUAGUACUAUUAAUGUAAUUAUAGAAGCAGGAAUACUAUGCUAUAAUAUUCAUAUAUUCAUAAUGCUUUGGGAUCUUUUACAAUUUAUGGGCCAAAUAGAGGUAUUUUUGUUGCUGGCUCUACAUAGUGGGAAUGUUGACUGAAACUAGCGUGCAGUUGAGAACCUCAGGAUUCAUGAUAUAUAUGUAGUAUGUAAUCCUUGUUCAGUCUCUUUUCCUCUUCCACUCUAAAAUCAACAAAAUACUUUACUUUUUCACAAAAAUCAGAUAUUCUUAUGCCAAUUUCAUGCAUGGUAACAAAUCUUUGGAAAGCACUGAGUUAGUAAACCUUCAUGCUUUCUACAUAAGAGAAUAUGGUAGCCACAGCAGCCCUUAGAAAAUAGGAAUAAUCUUCCAGAUGGCAGUCACUGAGGUAUGUGUCAGUGCAAUUAUUGCUACAGAACCGAAAAGUGAGAACCAAGUUUAUUCUAUGUCAGGAUUCCGGCAUGAUUUAUUAGGAGUGAACAUGUCGGCAUGACCUGUUUGAAUUCUGGGAGUUGAAGUUCACAAGUCUUAAAGUUGCCAGGGUUGGAGACCCCUGUUCUAGAUGAAAACUACUAAGCCUGAAUGUGAUCUCUGGGUGUUUUCCUUCUAGCCUUAAAUAUAACAAAAGGGUGUUAUGCAUUGGAUUUUAGUGGGUUGUAGGAACAGAGACCCAUGAACACCAGCAUACAGAACUGAAGGCGUAUUAGAGUAGAAAGCCAUCUUCCUUAGCAUUUUCACCUUCAUGUUGGGCUCCUGUUUUAGCAGACUGGCUGUGAUUUUCAAACUAUUCAUAGCCAAGCAAUUUUACAGCUAAGAUCUUAUUUAUUCAGUGAAAUAAUAAUCAAGCUGAAUAUUAAAGUAAUGAUAAAAAGAGAAAAAUACUUGAAAGCUCUUAUCACCUAAAAGCACUGUAUAUGAAUUUAAUUUUUAUUAAUAGAUUUUGUAUCUUUACUAGGGAAUUUGACUUUCUUGAUAAAUCUGCUUCAAAAUCUAUGUGAACUGAAAUUUAUUUUUAAGAAACCACAACUCAGAGAUGCUUCUUUAAUUUGAUUUGAAGCUUAGUGUAGUGCAUGCGCACCAAAACCGAUAUUUUUGUACCACUUAUGUUAGUUUCGAUUGUAUAAUUCAGCUGUUAUUUAUGUACAUAAAUAUAUUUAUAUAUUGUGUGUAUCAUGUAGAUUGCUAGAAAUGAACUGUCAGAUUUGAAAUUUUAAAGGUUCCUUUCCUCAUAUAUAUAUUUUUUAUGAAUCAUUCAAACUAUGGCACUGAAAAUAAUGACUUAAAUUCUGACCAAAUGAAUGUGGAAGGAUAAGUCAUUAUGCCUGCAAUGUUAACAUUCCUGUUUUGUUUUGUUUUAUUAUGACAGCCUAUUCUUAUUGGUGACAGUAUUUCCAAGUAGCUUGAAUGCUACAGCAUCCUUCACACUGUACUGUACUACAGAAUUCAGAUGUUAUUGACAGUUGUUGCCUGGAAACAGGUGAAGUUGUAUAAUUGCACAAGGUUGGUUUUUUUUUUAAGUAAGAGAAUAUGAUAACGCUUAGUUAGAAGAGGAA